AUGGCGACUAACCUUUGCACCUCAGCAUCUAGGAAAUCUCUAGCUUUUACACUUUCCACUCGUGUUUCAGAGGUUUAGAGGCUAUGCUGUCCCUGAAGGGUUUUCUUAGAGCACAGCCUUGUCUUUUGUUCUCCGCAUGUCAACAGACGGCAGUGCUCUUACAGACGUGGUAGACAAAUGGUUACUGCGUCGGACUGAGGAUCAAGAGGUCCGUGUUCAGGCCCUGCCAGGGUCACUGUGUUGUGUUCUUGGCCAAGACACUUUAUUCUCCUCUCGCAGGGCCUGAUCGUUCUACCCAGUUUUAUAAAUGGGUACAGGCGGAAUUGAUGUUGGGGUGGGUAUAAACCUGUAAUGGAGAUAUUCGUAGUCCCUUCAUGCUAAAGAAACUGGGUGAAUCUCCAGCGUGAUGACCCAUUUGGCUUAAAAGCAGACUUACUCUCACCAAUGGACUAUUUGAUGUUUUUAGUGCUGAUAACGCCAGUGAACCGAACAAUCGUGGGACUGAAGACGUCAAAGCGUAUGCAAGGUAUUCAUUCAUUGCCACGCUUAAAAGUUACCAUUUUUUUGUGUUCGUCACACAGUGCGUUUUAGGCAUCGUUAAUCCAUUGCGGUAUGCAGAACGCGUGUCAUACAUGUACCUAGUAAGGAGCUUUGUUGUCCAUGAGUCUCUUUAUAACCGAGUGAAUAGAGUGCCAACCCAGCAGUCAAAGGUUUGAACGCUAACAGGGACUGAAGUAAUCUCAGGAUAUUCGCCUUCGUCCAGUGAUAGCCAGAUGAUGAUCGUUUUGUUUUUCCCUAGACCUGUUCAGUUUGUAUACCUUAAUUCUACACGUUGAGCUUUGUUAUUUAACCAGUUUAAUUUCAUCUUACAUUGUAGCUGUUCUGUGGCUCCAACUUCACCGAAAGUGACCGAAAACCCUCUUUACAAAAGGUAAGCUUCGGUCUCUUUAAGCCCUUGUUUACUAAUUAUUACGGAUACAACUAAAAAAUACCCUGUUUUUAUAUGGAAUUUAAUGGCAAAUCAAGCACAUUUUCGUACGGGAGAUCCUAACUUGUGCAAAGUGCUGAGACUUCACAUCUAGUAUUUUCCACCCAUCCGUUCCCCAUACUUUUUUUGUAAACAUCAACUCUGCAGACCCUUAACGUCAUGAGACAUACAGUUCAGGGAGCAUAAGUGAUAUUUUUGUAAGUUACUUUGACUCUCAUGUCAUUAAUACAGUAACUAUAAACAAGUUAUUUCUUUUAUUGAGUCAAAUGCAGUUAAUGAUGCAAUUAUGUACAAUGACAUUGUUAUUUGGAGCAGCUGUGUUUUUAUUUUUGUAAUCUCUAUUUAAUGUUUUGUUUCCAGAGUUGCUCCUCCAUUCAGUGGUCCAAAACCCGCUACACAAAGAUAUGAACUGUAAGUAUUCUCAGAUUAAAGAAGAGAGUUGUUAGUUUUAUUACAUUGCGCCAGUGGAUGCAGGAUGUCAGGGUGUUUUGGACACCCCAAUUGAUGGACGAAGGUUUGAAGCGCGGCUAAGGAAGGAAGUAAUCUUACUUCGUUUUGUCACCGUCAACAAAUGACAUGUAUUAGUAGUAUAGCGGGGGUAAAAUUAACCUUUUUAGUAGAUCUUCCAAUUCCUUGUUGGUGGAGUACUCCCGGUUCUGACCGCAUGANCGCGGCUAAGGAAGGAAGUAAUCUUACUUCGUUUUGUCACCGUCAACAAAUGACAUGUAUUAGUAGUAUAGCGGGGGUAAAAUUAACCUUUUUAGUAGAUCUUCCAAUUCCUUGUUGGUGGAGUACUCCCGGUUCUGACCGCAUGAGUGUAAAUGGUUUUUAAACCGUGUAAACGCAUACAAACAUCCGUCUACUGAUUUCCGUCUACCUGUGAACGGCCGUUAAUUAAUUGAAAUUUUGGCAAGCACGGUAUUUAGACUGUCCUGGGUAGAUGAGUCAUCAGUUGUAAACGGAAAAAUAUCAUUCCCGCUUGAACAUACAGCCGGCUGUAAAUACUUUACGGGGGCUUUGGCAUGGUUAGGUCAGUCAGUCGGUACAGCUGGACUGUAGAACGAAAGGUCACGGAUUCGAUCCCCGGGAAGAGAGGGCGUAAAACAACAUGGACGUAUUCUUAGCGAUGCACAUUUUUUCUUUUACAAGAUUUUCCUUUUGACAGUUUUAUAAUAGACCUCUUAGCUUGAUUGUUUUGUUUUCUCAAUGUAGGUUUUGUCUCUUUUUACGUAAAUAAGCACCUGAAUGGCUAUUGUGCAACUUCUAAUCUUGGGUAUCGUAUGAUACUAAGGGUAACCUUUAACAAGUUUAGGCUUUUCGUCAUUCGCCUGCCUUUUCAGCGUCAUCUUGAAUUACAUCAUGGGCGUACCAUGGUCACGUGCUAGGCAACGAAAAAAUCUCAGUUGUAGCACACUUACCUUCCUGGCAAAACAACAGCUUAACCCGCGUAACACCCAAGAUAUUUUGAUACAUAGAUAAUCCAACUGGUGUGUUCGAAGGCCGAUUGGCGCUUAACCCAGGUUUUUUUUUCCUUGUGUUCGAAAGCAUUUUCUCGGAUAAUUUUCUCUGUUAUUUUUAGAGCUUCCAAUCAUCAACUUGUACACAAAAAGAAUUAAAACUGAAAUGCUUUUGAAGCUUUCAAAUCUGAAUUCAAAUCUCGCACUAACCCUGGGUUAUCUUAACCCAGCUUUGAACAACUCGGCCCUGAACUGUUUGUUGACGUUUUACUACUCGUCGGGCUUUGCAAACGAUUUGCUUCAUGUAAGAAUGAUGUAGCUUGUUCACUGAUGUUUGCGUGACACAUUUCGCGUUGUUGGUCAAUCUCGACUCAGAGCUUCUGCGCAUGUAGAGGAGAGAGAGUUUUCAUCGGCUCGCGCAUGCGUCAGGGGUGACAUAGCCCCUUUAUAUAUAAAUUUUCCUUAUGGAGAUAUCAUCGAAUUUACUCUGUGGCAUUUUCGUCCACAUCUAAUCAAAAGAUACUCUUACCUCAAACACACUCUGUAAUGUACGAUUUCUACUAGUUCAUGACCUACAUUGGGAAAACUUAACUUACAAGAUAAAGAGGUCUAUUAGAUAAAGCAAGUAUUCGUACUAAAAACACAGGACGUCUUCUCCUUUAACAACACUUUAAUCAUGACUGUAUUUUAUUUACACUUGUAGGGUGAAGCCAUCCUCUGAUGAAGAAGCAAGGUAAGAUCAAGAUCUUUACGUUUACCUGAUCCAUCUCAGUAGAAUGAAGAGCACCCCUCAUUCUCGACUAGCCCGACAUUUUUUGUGUAAUUUCAUGCUGUUCAAACCACUGCAUUCUUAAACAUCACUCUUUCUCAGUACUUUAAUGGGCGUUGUGCCUUUCUUGUGAGUUUGCGUCUGACUUGCCUUUCAUCAGUAGUAUGUGAUUUUUUGACGGGGAUUUGCUUUCUUUAGUCCUCCAGAUAGCCCUCUUCCCGAACUCAGAUCCAUUCAAAACCCAAACUACGAAAAUACGCUCCCACUUACGGUAAGUUUUGUUUCAUAUUUUCCUUUUUGUUUUCAAUUCGUCAUGUUUCUGCCUCGUGAAGAACCUAUUCCAGUGGUACUUUUACAAUGGCAAUUCUUGUAAAACGUUUGUGCAAUUCUCAGCGCGCAUCAUUUCUCUUCGACGAACCGCACAUGCAACUAACAGUGGAUGUUUAAGGUACCUUUCUGUGAUUGUCAGUUGAGUAAGGCGUGAUGGACAGGUUCAAUUGAAAUUUCUGAUUUGAAACUUUUGCAACGAUUUUUUUGCACUCAUUUUGCCUUUAUAAUUGAUUUCUCAGCCACGUUUAAUCAUUUUUUCUAGGAGUUUCCCUUUGGCAGUUGAUUUCUUUCAACACAUGGAUCCCGUUGAAGUCCCUCAAUUUUUUUUUCGGGUUAAUUUGCAAUUGCUCAAAUUGCAAUUACCACUUCGACGAUCAUAUCUUCAUUUAAAUUUGUAUUUCCGCAGUUCACAUCAUCGUCAUUCUAUGUUUCAUUCCUUUCGUGGGUUAAGAUGAACUCAACAAAUUGGCCUGCUCCCAAUGUAUGGUUCUUCAUAGCUCAGUUGGUAGAGCACCGCAGCGCUAACGCAAAGGCCAUGGAUUUGAAUCCCGUUGAAGUCCCCAAAUUUUUUUCGGGUUAAUUUGCAAUUGCUUGAAUCGCAAUUACCACUGCGACGAUCAAAUCUUCAUUUAAAUUUUGUUAUAUUAGCCAGCUCGUUUAAGCGCUUCCGACCCAGUAAAACUUGCUUCACCUAUACUUUAACUGAGGCUUCUUUCUUUUCACUCACCCAUGAGUAGAACACUACGUAACUACUUUAAUGAUCAUCAUUUUUAUCCCUUUCCUCUUGCAGACCCCUGAAAACGUCCUUCCAGAUGCAAAUUGCUGA